AAUCACUCUACAACAGUCUCUCUCUGCCACUCAGCAAUCAACCCGCGGUCGUACGUCUUGGCGUUCGCCUGAUCAUAUUGGACUUGGUAUUCUUCCAGACGAGACGGACCCAUCAGAGAAGAACUACAAAUAGCCUGGAUAUACCCACUGUCGCCUGUGCGGUAGUCUACUCAGCAAAACACACCAUGUCGCUGCCUUCCGACUUCACGUGGGGUUUUGCUACGGCAUCCUACCAGAUCGAGGGUGCCACCGAGAAGGAUGGUCGAGGUCCAUCUAUUUGGGACACUUUCUGCAAGAUCCCUGGAAAGAUUGCAGAUAAGAGUGACGGGAGUGUCGCCUGUGACUCGUAUAAUCGCACCGCUGAGGACAUUGCUCUUCUGAAGCAGCUCGGGUCUAAGUGCUACCGUUUCUCCCUGUCGUGGUCGCGUGUCAUCCCCAUCGGUGGUCGAAAUGAUCCCGUCAACCAGGCUGGUCUCGACCACUACCGCAAGUUCGUCGACGACCUGCUCGAUGCCGGUAUUGAGCCCUUCAUCACUCUGUACCACUGGGAUCUUCCCGAUGGUCUGGAAAAGCGCUAUGGCGGUCUCCUGAACCGGACCGAGUUCCCCCUCGACUACGAGAACUAUGCCCGGGUGGUUUUCAAGGCUAUCCCCAAGUGCAAGAACUGGAUUACCUUCAAUGAGCCCUGGUGUAGCUCCAUUCUCGGUUACAGCUCUGGUUUCUUCGCCCCUGGUCACACCUCGGACCGCAAGAAGUCGCCCGUUGGUGACAGCGCCCGGGAGCCCUGGAUCGUCGGCCACAACCUGCUGCUGGCCCACGGCAGAGCCGUCAAGGUCUACCGUGAAGAGUUCAAGCCCACCGACAAGGGCCAGAUCGGUAUCACCCUGAAUGGUGACGGUGUCUACCCCUGGGACCCUGAAGACCCCGCCGACGUUGAGGCCGCCGACCGUAAGAUUGAGUUUGCUAUCUCGUGGUUUGCGGACCCCAUCUACUUUGGUAAAUAUCCCGACUCAAUGCGCAAGCAGCUUGGAGACCGCCUGCCCGAGUUUACCGACGAGGAGCGCGCUCUCGUCAAGGGGUCCAAUGACUUCUACGGUAUGAACCACUACACGGCCAACUACGUCAAGCACAAGACGACGCAGCCCGAGGAGGACGACUUCCUAGGCAACCUCGAGACGCUAUUCGAGUCCAAGAAGGGCGAAAAUAUCGGCGAGGAGACGCAGUCCUUCUGGCUGCGACCCAACCCGCUCGGCUUCCGCAACCUCAUCAACUGGCUUAGCAAGCGCUACGGAUAUCCCAACAUCUACGUAACGGAGAACGGCACGAGCAUCAAGGGUGAGAACGACAUGCCCAAGGAGCAGAUCCUGCAGGACAGCUUCCGCACCAAGUACUUCCGCGACUACGCGAAGGCCAUGGCCGAGGCCGUGUCCGAGGACGGAUGCAAUGUCAAGGGCUACAUGGCCUGGUCGCUCAUGGAUAACUUCGAGUGGGCCGAGGGCUACGAGACGCGCUUUGGGUGCUGUUACGUUGAUUAUGAGAAUGGGCAGGUUAGAACGCCUAAGGAGAGCGCUAAGGAGAUGAAGGGGAUAUUUGAUGCGCUUAUCAAGUGAUAUGAAAGGAAUGCAUU